AUGGGGUUCUCACAGCUUUUGUUAGGUGGUGGUGAGUUCCCUCCGGCCCUUGAUGGGGAUCAGUACGCCUCAAUAUCUUUUAGAGUGCCUUCAGUUCUCAACCUCAAAAUCUGUGGCUUGAACAUAUGUGUUGUCUAUUCAAGCAAAGUUCCAUCACCAAAUUUUAUGGAAUUCAAUUUAACAUUUUUUCAAAUUGUAGUGAGUAACACAUCCCUGGGUUUGGAUUGGUAUUACUGCCCAACAUUUUUAGGAAUUCCAGACGAUGACACUGAUACACACAUCGCAUGGUUAAGCCAUUGGAAAUUUGAGGGUGGUCAGAUGGAAGCUGAAGAUGACGUGGUUGUCCAGGUGUUUCAUAACUUUGAUGUGAGCUCAUAUGUUGAAAUCCAGAUUGUGUAUGACCCAGAAGAGCAAGUGAUAGCUAGCUGGAAUAUUCCAUUAGUAUCUUUCCAAGAAAUGCAGGAUUUCCUUUCUGCUUCACCGAUUCAUAGAGUGUCUUCUUCAAAGGCAGCGAAGUAG